UUCCCAUAAGCACUUGCGAAAUACUUCAAAAUAGCAAGGGCCGUGUCAGUGAAAGAAGGAAAAAUGCAACCAGGAGUGCAUAGUCUCGAGAUAGUAAAAGUUGCUAAAAGUCUUUCAGAUUUACAUGACUCUGCAACAAGUAGUCGACAUGAAAAAAGUUUAGGACUAUUAACAACAAAGUUUGUUACUUUACUUCAAGAAGCGAAAGAUGGAGUACUGGAUUUAAAAGUGGCUGCUGAUCAACUUGCUGUUCGACAGAAGAGAAGAAUCUAUGACAUAACGAAUGUCUUGGAGGGCAUUGGAUUAAUAGAAAAGAAAUCUAAAAACAGUAUCCAAUGGAAGGGUUCUGGACCAGGCAACAAUUCUCGGGAUAUCUCAGAAAGACUACAGGGUCUUAAGGAGGACUUGGCAGAUCUUAAAGAGCGAGAGCUUGAAUUAGACAAACACAAACAGUGGGUGCAGCAGAGCAUUAAAAAUGUGACAGAUGAAGUGUCCAAUACCAGGCUAGCUUAUGUUACACAUGAAGACAUCUGUCAUUGUUUUAAAGGGGAGACACUGCUUGCCCUCCAAGCACCAUCUGGUACGCAAUUAGAGGUACCGAUACCAGAAAUAUUCUAUGUGGAUUCAUUUCAGGGUCCUGGCUUUAAGAAAAACUACCAGAUUCAUUUAAAAAGUCAGAGUGGUCCUAUCAAUGCCUUGCUGGUCAAUAAAGACAAAGAUGAAUCAGAGCCAGUUGUAGUCCAGGUACCACCCCCCAUGCAUACUGGAGUGAGCAGUACGGAAGCUGUACCUGUGGAUAUCUCUCAGAAUCAAAAUCCUGAUUCAGGAAAACAAGUGGAUAAAGGAGGCACAGUGACAAGAGGCAAACGGUCCCCUGUUAAGAAUCCAUUGAAGCAGUCACAAGCCUCAGUUAUUGAACCACCAAGUCGUAUGGUUACAAGAUCAUCCCCAAGAAAAAAUGUUACAGAUACCUUACUUUCACAGCCUUCUACCUCUUCCAAUCUGUUGCCACAAGACCAGGGUAUGGAUAUGUUUAACAAUGACCUGUUUGAUUCUGCCAAGACAGAUAUAGAUAUGUCUGGAGAGUUAUUAGACCUGGAUCAACUGAUGUCAACUGAUACUUUGACCCCCUUGUUGUCUUUGAGUCCUCCACCCAGCGGCCAUGAUUAUUAUUUCAACCUGGACGACACGGAGGGCGCGUGUGAUCUAUUUGAUGUAGAUAUUGCCAGUAUGCUUUCUUCCUAACCACACUUGACGAAACGACCUGGUGUUUUGAGAGUUUCAUUUUUUUUUUUAAAGACAUUUUCUUGUUUAGUGAUUUCCUACAGACUGAGAGUAGCUUGAGGUAGUAUGUAAUGUGAGUCCUCUUUUGAUCACGCAUUCAAUCAUAGAGACGGUAUUAGUUUUUUUUAUUUAGUUCACAGUUUUGUCUCUUAUAGUAGGAUGGGGGCUGAAUUAUUUAUCACAUAUUUAACUUUUUUUUUUUUUUUUUUAAUACUUUAUAAAGAAAUGAUUAAGUAAUUUUAAAUAAAUAAAAAUGAUUAAGUAAUUUUGAAUAAAUAAAAAUGUAUUUAAAAAAUUACAAAUGUUUAAAUAUUUUCAGUAUGUUCUAGUUCUAGAUAUUUUUUUAAAACCAUUUUUCUAGAUAAAAAAAAAAGUUUUUAUUCGGAUGGGCUUCCAGCUACUAUUGUCUUUGAAUUAUUUUUAACUUGAAAACAAAUGUACAAAUUGAUGGUACUAAAUCAGAUUAUAUAUUACAACACUAUAAAAUGUUCAUCAAUCUUCCCAAAAAGUUUUUUUUUUUUUAAUAGUUAAGUAUUGAAAUUGAAAAAAAUUGAAAUACUGUUAGAAAAAAAAAAGAUUCAUCCCCUAAGACAACUAAUAUGUGAAACAAAUUAUGCAAUUAGCAGAACACUGUUUACUAGAACUCACUGUAAGAGUUUAGAUUAUUUUAUCUUCUAGUUUGUACAUUGGUUUAUCUUAUCUUAGUAGUUCUAUUACUGGUUUAUCUUAACUUAUACAUACUUGUAUAUUUGAUGGCUAUGAUCAGAAUUACUGUGUACAUAACAUAGGACUGCUAGAAACAUGUUACAGCUAUAGUACCAUGAUGCUAUGUUUGUGGGGAUGAUCCUCCAAAAGCUGUCAAGGUGAUUUGUUUUAUUAUAUACAUUAUACUCAACAUACGAAAGACAUAAUUAUGAAAUUAAAUACCUUACAUUUUUCAUAUAUUUCAUUUUUUUUUUAAAUCAUGCAUAUCACAGCCUGUGAGAAUUAAAUUUUCCCCUUUUCUCCAAAAAUGAAUUGAUAGCUUUUAAGAAAUAUUUACUUCAAAUUUCUCUGUUUAUCUUGAGUUAUAAUUUGUCAAAAAGUUGUCAAGACUUCAUUCUAUAAAUAGCCAUUUUAACUAUGUGAUGUGUACAUAAUACAGUGCCUUUUGUAACAAGAAGUUUUUGAAUAUAUUUUGUCUUUUGUAAAAGUGACCAUUGGAAUCAGAAUUAAGUCUUCAACUAGUAGCCUUGGUUACUUCAGGGUUUAAUUUUGGACAUUCAUGGAAAGCUUUUUUUUUUUAAUUAUUAUUAUUUAUUUUUUUGUAAUGCACGUGUUAUCAUACAUUAAAAAAAAAAAUUCAAUUUCAAAUUGUUACACAACUAAGGAUGACACUAAAAUUAAAGUUCAGUUAUUUAAAAGCUCUUUUAUCUAAAGUAAUAGUCUGGGUAGACUUAGGUUAUUUUGAUAGACUGAUGUAGGAGAUUAUUGUAGAGGACUAAUGGAAAAUUGAGUCUGGGUGAACUAAUAUUUCAAUAUGACGUGCAGUUUUAUCUGAGUACACUAUCUUGAAUUUGUAAUGUUUGGUUUAUUAGAUAUUAACUUUUGUGUGUGACUGAUUAAGAAGGCGUGACAGAAUAUUCUAAGUAUUACCAGCCAUUAUUGUUGUUGAUUUUCAUGCAGCAUUGUUGACAUUAUGCCCUUCAAUAAUAAUUGUCUCAUUGGUUUCUUCUUAAACACGAAUGAACUGGUAGAUUGUUUCCAUUCAUCCUUACUCAGCCCACUUGUUUUAGAUGGAUAUUGCAAUAGGAUUACUUAAGUUUUUAAACUGCAUUUAUAUCAUUCAUCAGCUAGUGUCUGGUUUGCUCUAAGCUGUUAAUUUUACAUCAAGAACAGCGCUAUUAGCAAUAGGAAAUCACUGACUUUAGUGCAAGCGGUCAUUACAAUAAAGGUUAUUACUUACACUGCCAUUAGUAUCUACUCGCAGAAAGUUCAACCCCCCCCCCCCCCUCCCCUCCAUAGCCACGCCUGACUUGUGCUCAAAACAUUCCCGUAGUCUGUCUGUGCUUAGGGUUGACUUGGUGUUUGUGCCUUGCUGUAAGCCAUCUAAAACCCUGAUGUGUUCAAGGAAUAUUUUCACUUCGCCCUCUUGUUUUAAACACACACCCUUUUUCUAUGUUUGUAAAUACUGUUCAUUGCUGUAAAUAAUGUUCAUGUAUUAUUGCAAGAAACAAAUAGAUGAUGUGUAUGUCCUUUCAACACAUUUGUAUGUUCUUGUUUAGUGUUUUAUGGUGAGAACUCAUUUAGUACCACUACAACAUUAUAUACAUCGGUCUCUUGCUGUAACUUAGAUCUGUUGUAGAUAUUUAUAUACUGAGCUGUUCAAGCUCACCUUGUACAAAUGUUCAUGUUAGAUUCAUAAUAAAAUGUAACACUA